CCAAUCACACAGCCGACCGUCGCAUACUGUAGAUACGUGGUGACACCAUUACCACUCCAAACUCAGACCAUUUAUGCCAAGCGUCUCCAAACCAAAAACUUGCUCAAAGCAUCGUGGCAGGGGGACAGAGAAAAGCCAGGGAACGUUGUGCGGACACACCCGGCGAGCCUGACCUCAAACGCCAAAAGCAGACCAGCUCCACCGCAGCCAACAAAACAAUAACUUAUGCGACUCGAAGGUGUCCCGGCUCAUAUUCACAAGAAGGGAAGCAUUGUCUAUGUAAAAAUAUUCAGUUAUGAAAGUUGUUGGAAGAAACACUGGGGUGAGUCCCACGACGAGCAUUUCAAGCUAGAUACACUAGAUGGAAAGAAGGAAUACGGUUGCAUACCUAGCUGUCCCGGCAGCUUCGAACGCGCUGCCUUAUUGACGCAUCAAUGGGAGGAGCAUGCGGAGGAACCUGACGCGGGGGCUCGUUUUGAAACUACGAACAGCCACCAGAUUUCUUCCACCAGAAAUACCUUUCCAGGGGCUUCUUGUCAACCUCCAUCUUCCUUCCAGCAAAUUUAUAGCAAUCAGCCCCAGCCAGGGCCUCAAUACGUCAAAUACGACACACCCGACGAUGGCUUGAAUGUCAAAUGUGGCAGUUACCCCGACAUCCUUACGGAGACUUUCCCCGACAACAGUACUUCUCACGGAAACUUGCAUGACACCUCAUUAGUUCAGGCAAGGGCAUUACCUGAAGCGUCGAAUGACACCACACAAGUCUGGAGCGGAGCGACAUCUGCGCCCCCCACUUUCAACGCUAACUACGGCCUCGGCAUCGAUCUUUCUCAAGAGUCCUACAUGGGUCAUCAGAUCUUUCCUGAAUUCGGUCAGGAUGGUGAUACCUCCGACGCUGUACAGAAAUCCACUGAGUGGAGCAUAGGGCCGAAUCCUUAGCUCGUGCUUAAAACGCCAACAUUGUACGCUAUAUUUACCCUUCUACUUUUGCCUCGACGACCGCUCAGCAU